AUGUCGUCGGCGGAGGGAGAACAGUUUAUCCAUCGUCCGACGGUCAUCUCGACUGCUUCUGCAGCCUCGAGACCACGUCACAAAACAUUCGAAUUGUUGGGACCAUUCAGCAACAUUUCAUUGGCUGAAAUGUAUAAAGUGUGUGGAAAGAUCAUCGGAAGAUUCCCCGUCCCAUUCAUCAUUGCAACUGCUAUCAUGUGCAGUGCAGCUCUUGGUGCUAUUGGCCUUCAGAUGAAGGAUAAUGUGAGGGACGGCUACACUCCAAAAAACUCGCAGUCCCGUCUCGAAAACAAAAUUUACCGGGAGUUUUUAGGAUCGGAGGGAGAUCCGGUUAUGACGACAGUACUGAUGACAGCCAAAGACGGAGGAUCCAUGCAUCGAAUUGAGUAUUUGGAAGAAGCUCAUAGGCAAUGGCUUUACAUAUCCAAAAACUUGUCUGUCGACGUGGGAGACGGUCAAUUCAUGAAAUUCGGAGACUUCUGUGGACACUAUUGCCAGGCCAAUGAUAUUCUUCAGUAUUUCUUAUCAGCUUACAAAACAAAGUCAGCGGAUCCAACAGUCGAUGGAUACCAAUUGGAUUACCCUAUUGCCACAGUCAUGGGAUACCAACUGCAUUUGGAAAGAAACUUCUUCGGUGUCACCACGAAUCAAUCGAACCCAGUUACUAACAUCCAAAUGAUGAGAGUGUUGACUCUUCCUGUUCUUUCGGAAGUCAAGACUUUUGAAGAUACGGAUAAGUUGAAUAAAUGGGAGCUAGCUGUCUAUAACUAUGCUACUGGAUACUCAGCAUUGGAUGGACCCAACCAUCUGGUGGAGAUCAAUGUCAUCGGAGCUGAGGUUGUGGACACCGAAAUGAACAAAGACGCCCAGAAGAUGGUUCCAUAUUUCAUUGUUGGAAUUGUCUCUAUGAUCAUCUUCAUCUUCAUUACCGUUUCCAUCUCUGCUUCCUAUUACGGAUACUUCUCGUGGAGAAUUGGAUUGAUCGCUCUGGCUUGCCUGAUGGUUCCAAUUCUUGCUAUCCUGACUGCAUUCGGAAUAAAUAACAUGCUAGGAAACAGGACAAAUAGUCCGAUGAUGAUCAUGCCGUUCUUGAUCAAUGGAAUCGGUGUCAACGAUGCUUUCCUGACUCUCCAGAAUUGGCUUCAGCACAGUCCGGACUUGCCAUCGGGCAAACGACUGGGAUACAUGCUGUCGGAAGCUGGACCGAGUAUCACCACAACUACACUAACAAAUGUGAUCGUCUUCUUGAUCGGGUGGAUGAAUCCGACCGAGGAGAUGUCCAUUUUCUGUCUCGGUUGUGCCAUCUCGCUUCUUCUGGCAUACGUGUACACACUCACAUUCUUCUGUCCAGUGUUGGUUCUUCUUCUCAAUGAACGAGUCAAAGAGCCCAGCAAGCUCGAAAGGAGUUUCAACAAAGCCCUCGAAUUCUAUGCCAAAAUCGUGUGCUCCAGAUGGACAUUCCUUCUACUCAUGCUUGGUGUUGCCGUGUAUUGGGGAUUCGGAAUCUAUGGAACUCUCAGAAUUCAAGCCGUUCUGAACACCGCUAAAAUUCUUCCACUGGAGACUCCCAUCCGGAAACCAAACAGAAUCAUUGAAGAAACUGUCUGGAAAGAGUUCUACCCGGUGACUGUGAUUGUGAACAACCCAGUGGACAUAAGUAACCCUUCGAAAUUAAGCAUCUUCGAAAGUCUUGUUCAUGAUUUCGAAUCAAUGGAGAAAUGCCGAGGAUCCGAGUAUACAAUCUCUCCAAUUAGAGAUUACCAGACAUAUUUCUAUGGAGUUGGAGCUGAAGAUUUCGACUAUGAGGACGAAACAGUCAAGAAUACAAGCACAACUUUUGAUUUCAGCAAACUCGCCGGAUUCCUCGAAAAUCCGAUCUACAAGCACCACAAAGGAACGAUGAAGUUGAACUUCUCCAAUACUGUUCCCAUUCGCAAAGUUCAACUCAUAUUUGCCUAUGAAAAUGUAACCUCGUGGGACGAUAGAAUCAAAAUAAUGGAGGAUUGGAGACACAUUGCAAGCAGUUAUGGCACUCUGAAUGUUUCCGUUUGGAAUGUCAAUGCUAUGUUCGUCGACCAGAUGCAAAGUCUCAAAGGAUUGGCUAUUUCGAACGCCCUUGUCACUUUGGGAUGUAUGGCUGCAGUCUGCAUUGUGUUCAUUCGUAAUCCAUUGUCCGUGUCUCUUGCAACUGCAUCGAUUCUGUCAAUCUCAAUUGGAGUAACGGGAUACUUAUGUUUCUGGGAUUUAGAUCUCGAUCCAGUCACUCUGUGUGCAGUCAUUGUAUCUAUCGGAAUGUCUGUCGAUUUCGUGGCUCACGUUGCUUGCCAUUAUCAGGUUCGCUACAAGGAGUUCGAAGAGAACGGAGUUGUCAAGAAAAUUGAGAUGAAAACUCCAGAAUCUCGUGUCGUCAACUCACUUUCAAAUGUUCUUUGGCCUAUGGUUCAGUCAGCAUUCUCAACACUUUUGUGUGUGUUGCCGUUGGCCAUUCUUCAGAACUACCUGCCAAUGGUGUUUGUCAAAACCAUAUUGUUGGUUGUCAUCUGGGGAAUGUUCCAUGGUCUGGUUCUCCUUCCUUGUAUCCUUGCUCAGUUCCCCUUGUCUGUUUUCAACAAGACAUUUGCUGACUUGCUCUUCGGAAGAACUUCCUCUUCUUCGUGCUCAUCUGAAACUGAUUCUGAGGAAGAUACGAUGGCCGAAGCACAGGAAAUGACACCACUCUCAAUUGCAGACAAAGCCUAG